GCUCUCUGACUUGAUUAGUAUCCUCCUUGCUCCGACUAUGUUCCAAGUCAAGGAAUCCAAAGUGGAACUUCAGCUUUUUCAACCUUUUGCUAGGAUCCUCACCUGUCUUGAAUGGAUUGGUCUUUUCCCAUUAACCCUGACCCCAGAUGGUCGUCAAUUUCUGUAUCGAAAAUCUGCCAUAUUGAAGAGCAUUCUACUCAUCGUUUUCAUCUUUCUUUGCCUUCUAUCUGCGGCUUAUGUGGGCUUUUACGACACACCAAAUAUAUUUCUGAUCGGAGUGCAACUGUCUAAGCAACUGGGUCUGUCUCAAACGGACUUUGUGGCCUUUUUCAUCGUGUACCCUUUGGGUUUUUUUAACAUGAUAUUCCACACCUUGGAAAUGAAACGAGCUUACCAUGGAAUUAAUGAAGUUGUUCAGAACUUGAUCCCAUGUUGCCGUAAAACUGGAGUGACCCAAAAGGAUCUGAAAACCAUAUACAAAGAUACUCGAUGUAUAUUGGUGGGUUUUUUUAUUUGUUUGCUAGGAUCUUGGGCGUGUUGUUUUUUGUUUCAAUACAGGAUUGCGCAAGUCGUUGAAUCUGGAGGGAAACGAAUCAGCAAUUUAGUUCUUUAUGCAGGAUUGUGGAGUGUUGGCACCGUUAUUGGAAUGUUUUCCCCAAAUCAAGCCGUCUCAAUCUUUUUUAGUGUGUACAUUACCAAUGUCAUAAACCUGUGCAUGAGAAAGUUUUCCACCAUGAUGCAGAAGGAACGAAAAGAAUAUCCUGAAAUGAAAAAGACAAAGAUAAGCGUUGUUCCCAUUCCUAAUACAUCCGAUCUCAAUACUACCUUUCCUCCCAAUGUCCAAACCCGUGAAGCAGAGGAACUGGGCACCAUGAUCCAUCAAAUCUUAGAGGGUGUUAGCCAUACCUUUGGUCCUCUUUUCUUCAUGAACCUUGGCUAUAGUUUUCUUUGUGUCAUUGUGUUCAGUUUCUGCUCCAUCAAUCUCAUCUCUCCCAUUGUUGGGGGAAAUUUCAAUAUUCCCGCCUUGGUUUUCGGAGGUCAAUGUCUAUUCCUGUUGACCCAUGCCUCACAUAUCAAUGAAAGAUUGUACCAAGCGGGACAAAAGUUAAAAGACAGUUCUUCGAAGAUUGGGCAAUCCCUGACAGAGCUCUAUUUAGAGGAUUAUGACCUGAUGACAAAAAGUGAGCGAGCCAGAUUCAAGGAUGUGCGGAGUCGCUUCCAGAAUGUCACUCCGAUUCGGCCUCAUAACUUCAUCGACCUCGAUGUCAACACAUAUUUGGUGACCAAUGGUUUGAUCAUAACCUACGUGAUCGUUUUACUUCAAUUCAAGAUUGGAGAAGAUCCAAAUGAAGGGUCUCGAGUAUUCAAUUGCUCCGAUUUCAAUUCUUCUUUGUUUCAAGUUGAGAACUAAUUGGAAUUGUUCACACAGUAUUCUUAUUGUUAUUUUUUCGACCAAAUUAGAGUAAUGAUUGACAUUGAAUCUUUAA